AUGGACAUCUCCACCCCUGCAAUAAAGGGGGCACAGGCAUUAGGAAGAUUAAUGGGCCCUAACGGCAAAUGGAACGAUGUGCCCUGCAACUACAACCUGCCCUACAUCUGCAAGAAAGGCACAGUACUAUGUGGAGCUCCGCCCACCGUGGACAACGCUUUCCUGAUUGGUCGGAAGCGUUCUCAUUAUGACAUACACUCUGUGGUGCGUUACCAGUGCGGUGACGGUUUCCUCCAGCGCCACAUUCCCACCAUCAAGUGUCGCGCCAACGGCAAAUGGGACCGGCCCAAGAUCAUCUGUACGAAGUCAAGGAGAUCUCACCGCUACAGACGCCACCACCACAAGUCCCACCACGAGCACAGAAAGCACAAGAGGCACGGUUCAGGAGGUCAUCGAGGUCAACAGGAGGGUCACGGCCAUUUCUAACCAAAUAAUCCCCUCCUUUCCGCCAGCCUUUCACCUAAACCUCCUUAUCUUUGAUAUCCGACGGCCUUUCACCUUUCCCCCUUCUCGUCUGGCUUAGUCUACCCCCAUUAUGAUCAGAGGGGCUCUGCUGGACCUCACAAGGACUAUAACAAUUUCACUUUUCCAUCUCUUUAUCUGUUAAUGUUACAUCUCAUUUUAGUGGAUCCAACAUGAGGAAAGUUCUUUCGUACCUUCAAUGUAGAAAACACUCUAGUUAACUGUUUAUGUAUUUUUACAUAAGCAUUAAUUGAGCGGGUGGGUUGGUACUACAUGUAAAUAUUGUAUUUCAUUUCAAAACGCGGGAUCAAAUCGAAACAGCCAGGAAAUGCUUGGGAUUGGUUAGCUUAUGCAGUAUUUCUUGACCGUUUUGACGUUGGUUUGCUCUUUGUAAGACAUUAACCUAAUUUAUACAGUAUUUCUGAGUAUUGGUGUGUUUUGAGUUGAGAGGAGUGGUGCUCAUCUGGAUUUUACAUGAAAAUUAAAUCACGCUCAUGUCAUUCCAAACCUGUAUGAUUUUAUUUCU